AUGUCGGACCGCCUCAACGACGACGUCCUCCUCCUCAUCCUCGAAGACCUGUCGCCGCCGCCGUUCCCCAAAUUCUGGGCCUACUCGCAAUACCAGGACACGCUCCGCAGGGUCUGCCUCGUCUCGCUCCGGUUCCUCGCGCUCGCCCAGCCGCUUUUAGGCCGGCAUCUCGAGGUCCGCGACUGGAGGAGCUUCGAGCGGGUGCGCGACGGCGCCAUGAGCGAGGCGGCGAGGAGCUCUACACGCGUGUACUACAUCGACCUGUCCGGCAUGGACUGCUUCGUCGCCGACCCGGCCGUCGCCUUCGCCGAGCGGCUGCCCAACCUCCAAAACCUGCGCGUCGAGACCGAGACGCUGUCGACCCUGCUUGGGCUGAAUCGUCAUGUCGGACUGCGCCGUCUCGAGCUGCACCGGGUCGACCUGCUCGACCACACGCCGCCCAUCCUCCCUCACGUUGAGCGCCUCAAGCUGUCACAGCUGGUUGCCACGAUCGAGCACCUGCAGCAGAUGCUGCGGCCCUUCUACCUUCCCUCUCUCCGAUUCCUCGCCGUACACGACGUGCGAGAGCCGAUCUUGCGCCCCGACGGCCGUUUGGGCCACCGCGGGCCGCUGCCCCUGAAGGACAUCGUCAAGCAGCCCAUGCUCGACCAGCUCGACGUUAUCCACACGGUGCCCGCCCAGGCCGACGUCCUCGGCCCAAUCGCCCGCGGGCUCAACCCGCCCGUCCUCUUCUACCUGCACGCGGACGUCGCCGGCUCAUCGACGCGGGCGCUCCCCUUAUCCAGGCACAUCGCCGCGGAUUCAGGCCUCGUCAUGGUCGAGAGAAUCAUGAGCCGGAUCGCGACCGCCCUCGAGCAGGCGCCGACGCCAGCCGCCGACGAGCCUUUGACGCUCGUCAUCCUCGCGCGCGGCAUCCUGCGCACCGCCGACAGGUGGCCCGACGUCGCGCAGGCGGUGCGCGCGCUCGAGACGACGUGCGAUGCGCACCGAGCCCGCAUCGAGUGGGUCGAGGAGCGCGGGCUCAGCGACGAGACGGACUUUGGCGUCGACGAGUUUUGGCGGUUCGCGCGCGAGGUCAGGGCGGCGCAGCGCGAGGCGGCGACGUAG